AGCCGUUGGCGGACAAAGGGCCGAGAUGCUGCCGUCAGCCGCUGCGCUGUGGCUGCUGGUGUCCGCAUGCGGCGCCGUGCCGCCCGUCAUGCUGCGCAGCCAGUGUUCGGCGCUCGGAGGCCGCAACUCCCCUCCUAUCAGCUCUACGCCGUACACGCCGUCGCUUCGGGGGCGCAGUAUCCGAGUCGGAAGCUCCGUGGUGGGCAGCUUGCCGGCCGAUAUCUCGCAGUUCCCCUGGCAGGUGUCGCUGGAGGCGCUGGGCCGGCACGUGUGCGGCGGCUCCGUCAUCAGCGAGACCUGGCUGCUGACGGCCGCGCAUUGCUUCUCCCUGACUCGAAACAGAGGCCUGUCCGUCAGGGCCGGCACCUCCUCACGCGGCAGCGGAGGCACGCAGUUCAACGUGGCUCACAAGGUCUGCCACGAGAAGCACGGCCUUACCGCUGAUUACGACAUCGCUGUCGUCUCCAUCUUGGGCUCUUUCUUUGCUGACCUUAAAGUGAAGCCGGUCGUCCUCGGCAGAUCGGAGUUGUCUGGCGGCGCCGGGGUGUUCGUCUCCGGCUGGGGUGAUAUGAGACACGGAGAUGCUUCCUCAGACCAACUGCAUGCCGUCAGUAUGACGAUUGUUGAACGUUCCUUGUGCAAUGCCAUUUAUCGUGGUCUCAUAACAGACCGUAUGAUAUGCGCAGAAAACACUGACACUGGCAGGGAUGUUUGUCAUGGUGCUGGCGGAAGUCCACUGGUUGAAGGCGCCAUACAGUAUGGCAUCGCCUCCUGGGGCAACGGAUGUUCGUCGGCUACUUAUCCUGGAGUGUAUACCAACGUUGCCGGUCUGCGAUACUGGAUUAUUUCAACAACUGGCAUGAAGUAAACUAUCUCACCGAUUUAUAAUGGCCACACCAUAAAUACUCCAUCGAUUUAAGAUAACUACACCAUAAACAUCCCACCGAUUUAUGAUAACUACACCAUACACAUUACUGAUCUACAAUAAAGUGUUAAUUCCGUCCUGAAUCAUAUCCCUGUAAACCAAGAAAGUACUCAUAGAUUUUUUUAAAUUAAUUUUUCAAGACGAAGGUGAAAAACCGCUCUGACAAUUCAGGCAUACCCAAAAUACGUUCAUCCUACUGAAGUAACCUUAAUCUCACAUUUUCUACUCAACGACUUCUGUAAGAAAUAAUUACUUCAUAGCACGCCCUAUUAUGGACUUGGGUACAGGAACAAAAGAGAAGUGAUCAUACUAGUGCUAUAGGUUUGCUUUCAGCUGUAGUAAACACACUCUACCAGAAAUAGAUAACUGUGUGUGGGUCGAUGUUCAUAGUGUAAUAGUAUCUCGAAGAUGGACACCAAGCUAAGGAACAACCUUGGAUUAUUAAUCACCGCGAACAGUACAGCACAAGCAAGUGGCGAACCAUGUAGCAGCAGCGGCUUAAAGUCUGUGAAUCCCAUUAAGUUUAAUACUUUUUAUUUACAUGCUUCUACUCUGCAGUAACUUAUAUAUUGUUCUUGCUUGUAUGUAAUGUUUUUUGCUGUUUCUGGUUUUAAAAGAGUUAGAAUAAAGUCUGAUUCAUUAUGUGGUAUGUGUAAA